GUUUAGUUCGCCUGCAGUCGAUCGAGUACUGCAGUUUCUUACGCGCGGAUCUAACUCGCGAACACAAAAUAUCUUUUUUAUCCUUGCGCGACUGUUGUAUAAACGGUAAACUGCAGAACCGACAUGAGGAAAAUGUAUCUCAUCGGACACGUUACGAUUUUAUUCGCACUCUUCUCAUCGAUUCCCGUUUUUGGAUUUCCGGAUGGUGGGCCAGUGGAUGCGUGCGUGAAGCCACGACCUAAUCAACCCUACCAUGGUCAGGCACGAUCGCAGCCCUUAAACACAAGUCCUUACAAGAUACUAGCUUCGUCGUCACAAUAUAGCCCAGGCUCGCAAGUCACAGUCACCAUAGAAGGUGCCCCAUUCAAGGGAUUCUUCCUGCAGGCGCGUGAUACCAAUACGAACAAAUGGAUCGGAUCCUGGACGCGUACGCCAAACACGAAUAUACAUUCCGAGUGUAGUGCCGUGACGCAUGCAGAUCCGCGUGAUAAGGAGCAGGCCACCUUUAUCUGGAACGCACCGGCGAACGAACGUGGCAACGUUUAUUUCACGUACGUAUCACGCUUUCGUGUAGCGGAAGCAACCGCAUGGGAGAUUGCUUGCGACGAAGAAGGACGAUGUCGCAAGGAGAUAUGUCGCAAAUUACCGUUGUUGAGACUUGCAUUGUCCGUAUAA